UGACUCUCAGCACCCAGGUAUAUGCAAGCACAAUUUUUGUAAGAAAAUUGAAAUUAAAAAAAUUUUUGACAGUUGCACUCUUUUUGCAAGACAAAAUUAAAAAAGAACCAAGAUGGUUGCCCGCGGGAGGAGGAACAAGUCUGUUUCGUCUUCGUCCGGAGGAGGUUCUCCUGCUGUCAGAAGACCAGCAAAACGCUGCAGCCCUGGGCGCCGCGGUGGGACCACUAUGAAAACGAACACGAACAAACCGAGGCGAGACAGAAGCGUUUCUAGAAAUAAGAAUAUUAACCGACGUUCUCGCUCGCCUAUAGUUCUGCGGAAGACUACUAAUGCGAAGCUGGCUGCAAAGGAUAACGAAGGACAUCGAAGUACAAAUAUCACCAGGAGGCCGCCCGGGAAAACAAGCCUUGCUCCGGUAAAUAAACGCGCUCCUGCGAGGAGUUGGAGCGUAGAGUCCUCUUCAAGGAGCAGGAGCGGAAAACGGGGUGCGAAGAAUCUUCAAGGGAAAAAGGCUACUGGAAAUAAUCGUGGGCGGCCCCGGUCUCGUUCACCAGCUUUGAUUAAUUCUACUACUGCCCGGGGAAACACGCGUGGCGAUAAAGAUCGAGCUGCGAACAACAUAUCCUGUGCAAAAGUAUCGUAUUCGUAUAAAUGCAUUACAAAUUUCCUCAGCAUGGCAAAAAAACUUUGUAAUGCAGAUUUGCUUUCAGAAAAAAAUUUGUAAUGCAUGAAGUACGAUACUUUUGCACGGGAUACAACAGAAACAAGAACGAUUUGGCGAAGACUAUCGUGAAGAAGCUGCAUAUCGCAAGAAAAAAGUGUUACAGUUACACAUUGUGUUGCAAGACCGGCAACACAGACAACCUUUCUCAUGCAGGAUAUGCUUAGGAGCCGCGUUUCCUUCCUGUUUUCCCUUAUGAUCUUCGCAUUACAAGUUUUCUCUGUCACACAGAGAAAAUUUGUGAUGCAGAAACUCCAACAAAUGUGUAACUGUAACACUUUUUUCUCACGAUACUGCAGGAAACUAAUACUAAAACAACUAAGACGUCGCAUCAAACCGGGGUCGCGCGCCGGCGCUUUUCCAUCGACAAUGAAGUACUAGAUGAAGGCGGAAAAAAUGGUAGAAGCAAGAAGAACCAGGAAGACCGCAAGCGACAGCAAGCAACUGUACAACUUCGCAAGCGGGGUCGCGGUCAUGAUUCGGAAUAUAGCGAAAGCAAAAGCCGCACUCCGCCGCGGUCCCGGCGGCAGGUCGUCACGAAGCAGGACGGCAGAAAUUUGAAUUAUACCAAGAUCACGAAUAAAGCUGUGGAAGAUGAAGAUCGUCCUACCAGGAAAAAUAAAGCAAGUACAACCGUCACAACGUCGAGAAGAACUACUACCUCAGCUGCGGUCAACAAGAAGCGUAGCUACAGCCUUGAAGAGAGUGACGAAGAUGUUGGCCGACGUGUAGUUGCUGACCAAAGACGUCGAACAAGCGAUAUUAAGACGAAUGGCAAUGGAGUUGCUGCUGGUGGUAUCAAAGAAAAGAUCAAAAACGCACUGUACGGAGCACGAGGUGACAUCAGAGAUGAGAACAAGCACAACCACAUCCAGAAUAAAUCUGCCUCCAACAACAUUGUGAAAAAGCCACGGGUACUGGAACUGGCCUCCAGUACUAGCGAGAGUGAAGAUGAGUCCUCUGGAGAGUCUGCUCCCACCUCAUCAUCCCGGUCUGCGGAACAAAAGGAAACAAAGCAAGUCGGGCAGGAGAUAAAGGAAAAGGAAAAUAACCAAAAUAACCACGACGACCAAAACAACAAUCCGAAUCCCAACACGUCGUCAACCAAUCGAGCAGCUGCUCCCUCUCCCUCCCAGUCCCAGCAACGAAGACCCCGGACGAGAAAGAACAACGACGUCGAUUUCCGGAGUGGUAAAGAGGAAGAGAAACAACAGCAGAACAACAACACCAAGCCGAGUGGUAGAACGAGUGCUGUUGUAGUUGCCCCUCCUGUACUAGUUCCCCCUCGCACUCCUUCUCCCGCCCGCGCCAAGCGAGGGAAAAGCAGCUCCUUUCAGGAUAGUCCGCCAAUUUUCUCUGGAAACAUUCUGCUGGAAGAGCCGGACAGCCCCCCGCUGUUUUUCGGAGACUGUCGGACGCCGGUGAUUAAAAAGAAUGAGGAAGAUCAAGAUGCGAGCCGAAAACCACCUGUCGAUCCGCGUGAUUUUCCGGGAAAUAAGAACACCAACAGGUACAACAACUCUGAGACGUUAGACAACAACUACGAAAGCAACAUCAUCAAAAACACCGCUGCUCGGGGCAGAAAAUUUGCGAAAAAGGACAGUCGGAGUCGCAGUCGGGCGCAGUCGAGAAAGAGCGACUGUUCGGAAAGAAAUGUUGAUCGGGAGACGGGUCGUGGUGUUCGUCUUCGUGGAAAAAGUGGCACUAAGCCUCCUUUAUCUCCCCCACUGGUGCGACGUACUGCAGCCAAACGGAAAACCAUUGCGGUGGUACCACGACCGCCGACACAGCGGGAGAUUUUUACACGAAAGAGGGGCACGACUAGCCGCACUCGUGGUCGCAGUGACAGUAAAAAUCGAGGCAUCGACGUCAAAACGAAUUUAGAGAGCAAGAAAAAGAAGAACAAUUAUCGCAGUGUCAGCCGGACCAGAUCUCGCUCGCAGCGCUCCGGGAAGUAUGCAGUGGAAAAGUACUAUCGUGCUCGUACUAAUUACAGUUAUGCAUGACAAGUCUUGUCCUUAAGGUUAAGGUAAAACAGCAUGACAAAUUCCAGUUCUCAUGCUGAGCAAAUUUCUAAUGCAAUUUAUACAAGUGCGACGCUUUUGCAAUGCAUAGGAAGUCCGACCUCUCCCGGCCUGGACCCUCGUGGCCAGACCGACCACGCCGCCACGGAGCGGAUGUAGUGCCACGUAUGAUAGUAGAUAAGCAAUAGAGCAAACUCUUCCUUCCUCAUUCGAAGUGCAUGUCAUCUAGCAACGCGAGCAUUGUAAAAAAUUCUGUUUUCGCAUGACAAGUUCGUCCCCGGAUUGUAAGCAGUAGUGUCGUUUGGGCUACUUCAUCCGAAGGGUCGCAUUCUAAAACGGCACACUAUCAGCACAGAUUACAGAUAAAGACCAUAGCAGCUACUAGCCAGCGUCGUGUGGGGCGGCGAGUGUGCACAAUAGAAGAGGGAAAGCGGGAAUUGCAGCUCAUUGUCCACUUUCAUAUCUCCGAAGGGGAACAGGCCAAAAUCUGCCUCGGCCGACGAAGGGAGGAACUACUUGUCGGUGCUGGUAAGGAAGUACAAGAGGAAAAAUGUUUCACUCAAGAAGUUAUUGGUGUACACUUUGCUUGUCAUGCGCAAAUAGAAAUAUCAUGAUGCGAUGUUCCGAAGUCGAAAGUUCUGUAUAUUUUUUUCAACACGAAAUCAUGAUACUUCACUCAGGUGCGCCACCUACCCACGAACGUGAAGAUGCCCCGUCUGCAGGACGAUUUGACAGAAAAAUUCGAACGAUAUGGCAAGCUGCGUGAUGUGUACUACUGCUUUGCUUAUCUUUAACACGGCGCUUGUUCCCAAUUAGCGAUUGAAAGUUGUGUUAUUGUGCGUUUAUACAUUGCAAAUUCGUUGAACAAACCCGAAGCCACAUCCACAUCCCAGGUACAUUAUCCUGUGCAAAAGUAUCGUACUCGUAUAAAUUCAUUACAAAUUUCCUCAGCAUGGGAAAUAAAAUUUGUAAUGCAGAUGUGCCUUGGAAACAAGAUUUGUAAUGCAGGACUUGCAUUUGUACGAGUACGAUAGUUUUGCAUUUGAUAUACAUUCCGCUCGACUACUCCACGAAGGAGCCCAAGGGUUUUGCGUAUGUCAUAUGCAAUGCAAAAGGAAAAGCAUCCUACUAGUAUAAAUCGCAUGACAAAUUUCCUCAGCACGAAAAAUGGAAUUUGUAAUGCGGAUUUCGGUUAAGAGGGAGAUUUGUAAUGCAUGAUUGCGAUUACUACGAGUGCGAUACUUUUGCACGGGAUACGUCAAGUUUUGCAACAAAGACAGUGCGGAAACGGCCAUUAACGAACUGGACGGUGCUAAGCUGAAGGGUCAUGUUAUUUCCUGUGAGGUUGCCGAGGAUCGGCGGAAACGGCCGGGUGAGAUGCAGAGAAUCGCAGAACAGCUGGAAAAAUCAAGGCAAGCGAGACGAGCUACGCUUCGAGGGAGAGUGGAGUACUAUUUUUGUUCGUGCUGUUUAUGGCUUUACUUGUUUGUGUGUGUCGUCGUGUAGAGGUGCAUUUCUUUUUGUAUCGAGUAAUUUUUCACAUAGAGUGAAAAUAGAAAGAAAAACCCCUAUCGCGCAUGCGCAUCCUGUGUCUACUACUUGCACGAGCAGACAAGAAGAAGCUGCACCGCAUUAACAAAACAGCCGCGAACAUCAGGAGGAAGAGCGCCGCCCUAGCCGAAUUGAGAGGCUGCGUGAAGACCGAGCUGUGCCGUUUCGGGGCCUGCGUGACCGCGUUGCGACGCCGCCCAGGUCGAGGUCCAGGGGGCGAAGGAGACGCUGAGAAAUGCGUGGACGUCGUGCGUUUAGGCCGAUAGAAUGAUUUUUCGAAAUGGUUGCUGGGAGGGCGAAGUCGACCUGUAACUAAAAAGACGGAAGUUAUAACAAGAAAAGCAAAUGCGUGCAAGAAUUGAAAUAGUUCUGACGCAAAACAAACCACUCAAACUCGAACUGGUGAAAAAUAAUCGUGGUUUUCAGUGCCGAGCAAGAAGAUUUCUGGUUUCAAAGCAUAGGAAGAGUUAGAUAAUUUUAAGUAUUUUAUAUUUGGGCUUGAAUUCCUACAACAGGGAUUUUUUUCCAGUUUUCUUCCGUUUUCAACCUUCUGCGAAACAGUCUUCAACACACUUUUCAUCUGUCGGCAACGGCAUGGUUAGCUUGAGCUUGUGGUGGUGCCUCAGACAAGAAACCGAACAUUGCAGAAACUUUUCUACCGUGGACAUCGACGAAGUAGCUUCUGAUUUUUAACAAUUGUGGUGCUCCUGGCUUCCCUCGACUCCUCAAGCGGAGUUGCUUUUUAU